AUGGUGGGAAGUGGAGGUGUGGGGAAGUCGGCCCUCACACUGCAGUUCAUGUAUGAUGAGUUUGUGGAGGACUAUGAGCCCACCAAAGCAGACAGCUACAGGAAGAAAGUGGUUCUGGAUGGAGAGGAAGCCCAGAUCGACAUCCUGGACACAGCUGGCCAGGAGGACUAUGCUGCCAUCAGGGAUAACUAUUUUCGCAGCGGGGAGGGUUUCCUGCUGGUUUUCUCCAUCACAGAGCACGAGUCCUUCUCUGCAACUGAAGAAUUCAGGGAGCAGAUCUUGCGAGUGAAAGCCGAAGAGGACAAGAUUCCUAUCCUGGUGGUGGGAAACAAGUCGGACCUGGAGGAGCGUCGGCAGGUGUCGGUGGACGAGGCCCGCGGGAAGUCCGAGGAGUGGGGCGUCCAGUAUGUGGAGACCUCGGCCAAAACUAGAGCCAACGUUGACAAGGUGUUCUUUGACCUGAUGCGUGAAGUACGAGGCAAGAAAAUGGCUGAAAACAAGGACAAAAACGGCAAGGGAAAAAACAAGAAGAGUAAGAAGAGUUUCAGAGAAAGAUGUUGCUUACUUUAA